UUGUGUUUUGUAUGCGUUGACAGAACCAAAAUUGAUCUCGGGUGUUCAGUCCACUUCUCGCGAUAUCCGUUCGACGUGCAGUCCUGUACGCUGGCCAUCCUCAGCUACAUGUACGAGGCGCCGGACAUUCAGAUGCACUGGCUCCCCGGCGGCCUGGUGGUGGACCCUCGCGUGCAGGACCAGCUCACCAACUUCGACUACACUUUCGCGAUGGAGAACAAUGACACGUGUGACUGCUACAAGUGCAUCCCACCGGAGGCCCCGUGUGUGCUGGCGACGCUGGUGCUGUCGAGGAAGGUGCUGGGACAUCUCCUGAGCACCUUCCUUCCCUCCGGCCUAUUCGUGGCAGUCUCGUACGCCUCCCUCUUCUGGCCCGCCGACGUGAUCCCCGGACGCACGGUGCUCGUCAUCACCUCGCUGCUCACGCUGGUCUCCAUGCACACGGGCGUCAGACAGUCGAGCCCCGAGACGAGCUACGUGAAGGCCGUUGACGUGUGGAUGAUUAUGUGCAUCGUGUUCUCCGUCUUCAUGCUCUUCGAAUACGGCCUCGUCCUUUUCAUCAUGAAGCGCAAGGAAGAAACCUCCUCGUCUGUGGCCAGCCAGCAACUUUCUCCACGAUCCACCGAGUCCGCCAGAUCCGAUCAUUCCACCCAGUCCAAGAUCGCCUUCCAGAAGGUGUCGCCGCCAGUGCCGGUGAAGCUAGACACGUGGCGGGCGGUGAGCGGGGGCUGCGGCUUGCUGGACGCGAGGAGGAUCGAUCUUGGGACCAUGGUUUUUGUGCCUCUCAUGUUUCUUCUCUUCAACCUCAUCUACUGGCCCUUCUAUCUGGUCUAGUCACACCUUCUCUUUCUUUGCCUCUUCCUUCACUCUUGUCAUGACCCUCCUCUUCACCCUCGUCUAUAUUGACCCAACUACCUGCUCUAGUCACACCUUAGCCUCUCGCCUCGCUCCUGCCUUGUUCUGUCGUGUCGUGUCAUGUCGUGUUUCCUCUUCAUCCUCGUCUGUGCUGGUUCUGCUGUCUGCUCUGAUAACACCUUUUCCUCCAUCUUCUCCUCUUCCCUCGCUUCUAUCGUGUCCUGUCAUGUCGUGUUGUGUCGUGUCGUGUCUCCUCUUUACAUGCGUCUAUACUGGCCCUCCUACUUGCUCUGAUCACAUCUCCCCUUAUACACCUCUUCCCUCGCUCUUGUCGUGUCCCUCUUCUUGACCCCCCUCCAUGCUGCCUCUACUAACUUUUCUGGUGAAACCUAAAGACUCUUCCUCUUCCGGCUCCUCCUCUUCCUCCCUUCUCUCUAUACUGUUACUGCUGUUUUCUUAUCCUUGUCAUGGCAAAACAGCAACAUACGAAGGGCCAGAAAAAUCAUAUCUGCUACAUGCAGGCACUCGUUCCCUUGCCGUCCAGUUAUUCUUUAGUGUUUCGUAUAAGUGUUUUUAACGUGUUAGUGGAACCUCGCUAGUCAGAAACUGCCAACCAGUAUUGAAGUGCUUUAACUAUAGCAGUAUUUUCUCGACCUUUGGACUAUCUUGUAGUCCAUAAAUUACAAGAAUUAAUCGUUAAACUGCAAUAACUCGGUGAGGUAACGCAUGAUGCAAAAGUGUAUAGUUAAAUUAAAAAGAAGAAUGUACUAUGUGAGGAGAUGAGAGGGGUGGAGGAAUAAGAUGAAGAGGAGGAGGAGAUGGAGGAAGGAGCAAGCGGUAUAGGAAAGAAAUGGAAAGGAUAAAAAGUAAUGAGAUAAAUGUACAUUUCAAGAAUUAAAAGAUAAUUUAUAUUUCUUGUAUGUUGUAAAAGAUAAAAUAAAUGUAUUCUUACCC